CUUCCCUGAGGGCAGUCAAAGUCUAGCAGUAGUCCAGUACCACCGCAAGCAUUAGCCCAAAUCCCAAUCCCAUUCCCAUGCCUUUGGAACGCGUGCCUUUCAGUACAUCCUAAAAUAAUGCUUCUGUGCUGAAUAGCAAAACAAAAGAAAUUAAAUAGCCCUCUUUAAACCCUAAACCCUAGUGUGACACUGAAACCUUUUUAAAUGCCUACGAGGGGAAAAGGGAAGGAGACAGAACUCUGCAACUUCAACUUCAAUCUUCAAAUGACGAAUAAUAGGUCAACUUCCAGCAAUUUGGAAGCCCCGUUAUCUCAUAUAACCCACAAAGCAACUCGCGAUCAAAAUCACUUCUUUGUGUGGAGAGAGUUCUUAUGGGGAGCUAUAGCUGGGGCUUUUGGAGAGGGCAUGAUGCAUCCCAUUGAUACCAUAAAGACAAGAAUUCAAAGUCAAGCUCUUCUUAGUGGAAGUCUGAGCCAAAAGAGCAUAGUGCAAAUGGUUCGAACUGUCUGGGUGGCAGAUGGCUUAAGAGGCUUCUACAGGGGCAUUGCUCCUGGAAUUACUGGAUCUCUUGCUACUGGAGCAACAUACUUUGGUUUCAUAGAGUCCACUAAAAAAUGGAUUGAAGAAUCACAUCCUAACCUUGGGGGCCACUGGGCACAUUUCAUAGCUGGAGCUGUUGGUGAUACACUUGGUUCGUUUGUAUAUGUUCCAUGUGAAGUGAUGAAGCAACGCAUGCAGGUUCAAGGCUCGAGAACAUCUUGGAAUUCUGCUAUCAUGAAAGACAACAUGCAAAUGAAACCUGGUGUGCAGAUGUAUGGUUAUUACACAGGAAUGUUCCAAGCUGGCCGUUCAAUAUGGAAAAAGCAAGGGUUAAAAGGAUUAUAUGCUGGAUACUGGUCCACACUGGCAAGGGAUGUGCCAUUUGCUGGUCUUAUGGUUAUGUUCUAUGAAGCCCUGAAAGAUUUGACAGAGAAAGGGAGGCAUAAUCUGGCUCCUAAUUUCUAUGUUGAUAGUUCUAUUGAGGGACUUGUUUUAGGAGGAUUGGCUGGUGGGUUUAGUGCAUACCUUACCACUCCCUUGGAUGUAAUCAAGACAAGAUUACAAGUUCAAGGAUCAUCUGCAAGCUAUAAUGGCUGGCUGGAUGCAAUGGGUAAAAUCUGCAAAACUGAAGGUGUGAAGGGAAUGUUCAGAGGAAGCAUCCCCCGGAUCACAUGGUAUAUUCCGGCCUCUGCUCUUACCUUUAUGGCUGUUGAAUUCCUAAGAGAUCAUUUCAAUGAAAAACUGGACAAUGGCAAUCUGCAAGAUGUUACAAGCUUGUCAAUAGAGAAACCUGAAUCUUCUUUUCGGGGGGUAGCUUGAAUUUUAGCACAAGACUCUGGUUGUGAAUAUGCAAGUCUAACCUGUCGAAGAAGCUCAGACUUUGUAGACAUGCUUAAUUGUAAUUUUUUGGUGAGGCCAAUAGAGAAGUCAACACAUAUACAAAAUGAGAAAGAUCUUGCUUCGAAGAGAAUGAAAUCGGAGUAAUGACAAUUUUGAAGGCUUGGAUGUGUUGCAGCCCUUCUCCUCUGCCUAGACGACAGGCACAGGGCAAUGCCCCAAAUUCAUAUUCGAAUCUCAUUUUUCAGCUUAAAGCAUCAUAGAAAUAGAUGUCUGUUGUGAACUUUCCAAUACAAAAGAAGUGAAAGAAGAGUUAAUUCUCUGUUGCUAC